GUAGACAUCAGGGCAACUAGAUAGAGCGCAAGGCGCGGCGUGACAUGGACCGAGCGCGUCCUCUGGUCGAGCAUAGUUGCGAGCCACAGGGGCUGUGAUCAUCACCCCACCUUAGCUUUCCGGGACCCACAUCACGCGUUCUAAAAUUUUGGGGUCCCACCCACUUUUUCUAUUGACGCCCGCUUUCUAUCAAGUGGUUUUUUAAGGUUCAUUAGCUGUAAACCAGGAGUGAGACAAAAGUCUUACAAUCAUCUUUCAAUCUAUUACUUACAUGCUCUCUGUCUUCUACUCUUCUUCCUUCCGAGAGUUUUGCAUCCUAAAUUCUUGCUUGUUGUGUAAGUUAAUUCUAGUGUGGGUCCACUCAUCUCAAAAUCACCCUUGGCCGCUGAUCAUGUUCUGAUGAUCUUCAUCAAGAUUGAACGUAUCAGCACUCACAAUCAUUACAACUGUUACGGGUUUGAAUAGCAGGUGUGUUCCUAUGAUUAAUUUCUGUCUGAAAAUUCCCAAUCCGAGAUGAAUUGGGUAGUUGGCUUCCACGUCCCCCUAGUAUGAUCUAUGAUUGAGUAGGAUCCUAUAUGAGAUAUACUCAUAUAGAUUCGUCAAUGAAGAAAAAUCACAAAAAUACCAAUCUAGGAGACCCCACAUGGAUUAAAAAAAAAUUGUACAUAUAUGUAUAAUAUUAGUGGGUUUGGAGGUUGAAGUAAGUUGUGAAUUGGAGCAGUCACGUGGGGCGUGACCAAAACCAUUGAAUGAAUGUAAUUUUGGAUACAUGGGAACAUGGGUCUGAACUCUGAAGUGGAUUGCGUCGUGAUAUAAGGAAGCAAACGGUCAGAAAUAGCAGCUCUUCUCUAUGCUUCCCUCUUCCUUCCACUACGCGCCAUUUUGUGUUGUCGCAAUCCCCCUUUUUUUUUCUUACAUCAACUUAGUGUAUAUUAAUUAUAUUUAUUUUGCUGUGUUAUUUUGAUAAUAAUUUUAAAAUAUAUUUUUAAUUUAAAAAAAUAAAUAAACGUUUUUUAAAAUUUAAGAAACAUUUUCAAAAGUUCGAAAAAUUGCUUGUAGUGUUGAAAAAUAAUUUGUAGUGUGAAAGAAAUUUUAAGCUAUGAACCCUUUCCAACAUAAAAGCAUUGCUACAUUUGAAAGAUCAAAAAGUUAAAAAGUAGAAAACAACAGAAAUGUAAAUUGGCAGCACCCAGAAAGGCAUGACAAAGAAUACAAGCAUACAUAACUCAGAGAGAGGGAUGUGGGGUGCAACCGGGGGCACGUGGGUGCACAGUGGGUUUAGGGGGUGGGGGCAUGGCAUGGCCUUCGCCUUCCAAGGCACAAGAUCACUGUGUGUCUUGACUCUUCUAGCCUUCUCCUCUCCCUUCCCCCUGCCACAUACAGAUGUUUCCAUAUUUGGGUUCUCUGAUGUGCAUAUUCCCCACUCAUAACCACAUCAAUAUGAAGCAUGAAAAGGAAAGCUUUCAGGCAGAGGAACACCCCCAGUUGUAUUAAUGUAGCCCAUAUUUUUCUUUUCUUUUCUUUUCUUUUCUUUUUUGUCUGAACUUUUCUUCAAAAAAUCAGCAGCCAUCUGAUUGAAACCCAGAUCAUUGAGGCUUCAAAUUAAGGUGGAUUCGGAAACAGUGAACAGGAUUUGUGAAUGAUUUGGAGUGUUAGCAUAAUUAUCAUGGUCCAAGGAUCUUUAUUCGGUGUGUCCCAGUACAGGAUUGACUCAAUCAUGUCUGUGCCCCUCAUGCCCAUUUUUUGCAGACUAUUAAGCAAUAUGCUGUAAUGAUACACAUCUCUUCAUCUGCCCCAACAUUGGGUGCGGAAAUCGAAAUCCCAGAAAUUUCUUAAUUUGUUUUUACCAAAAAUUGGUAGUUGAAAUGUAAAAACUUUGAUUGAGUCAUGAUCUUGAGGGAAGAGUGAAAGACCAGGCUCACAUGAGGAAUCUGUUAAGACUAUGACCCUAGAUUGUCUUCUUGUUCAAGGAAGAAAGGAUGAUAAAAUAUCACUUCAGCUUUGGGGUUUUUGUGCAACAAAAGGUGUUAUUUUCCAUUAUAGACAUGUGAACUGAAUUUGGUCUGUUUUGAAAUUUCAUUUCAUUAAAAUUUAUUCAUUGAUAAUCACUUUGCAAUUAGCCAACUGGAACCAAAAGAUGAACAAAAAAGAAGAUUUGAAGACCCAAAAAAACUGUGAUGGGACCCAUUUGCCAGAAGGGCCAAGAAAAAAGAGUCCCCUCCAGUGCUCCUGUGCCUGUCAACAAGCCCGACUACAUAAACCCCUCUACCCCCCUCCAUCACUUGGCCAUCACUCUCCUUUGCAUCAUUCUCUCUUUCAGGCAUUUUCACAAACACUCCCCGCACGAAACGUUUUCUUUCCUUUCUUUAAUAACUCUAACAUGGCCAGACCUCAGCAGCGAUAUCGAGGCGUCCGACAGAGGCAUUGGGGCAGUUGGGUCUCUGAAAUUCGCCACCCACUUCUGAAGACUAGAAUUUGGCUGGGCACAUUCGAAACGGCGGAGGACGCUGCUCGGGCCUAUGACGAGGCGGCGAGGCUCAUGUGUGGUCCGAGGGCGAGAACCAACUUCCCUUACAAUCCCAACGCCUCCCAGUCGUCGUCUUCCAAGCUUCUUUCAGCUACUUUAACUGCCAAGCUGCAUAGGUGUUACAUGGCCUCACUUCAGUUAACCAAACAAUCCCUGCAUGAGCCUCAAAAGCCACCGACUUCCCAUGUCGCCACAACCACCAGCAUUGCGGGGAAAGUUGGGGAAUCAGGCCAGUGGUCGCCGGAGAAAAGACCGGUGACAGUGCAGCAGCCUGAGGCCAAUUGGGUUGUGAAGAAAGUUCAAGUGGACAGCAACACCCAGCAGUUCAAGCCUCUUGAAGAUGAUCACAUACAGCAAAUGAUUGAGGAGUUGCUUGACUAUGGUUCCAUCGAGCUCUGCUCAGGCUCCAUAAUGUAGUCUAAAGAACAUCUCAAAACACCCAAUUCUGCUCCUCUUCUCUCUCUGUAUUCCUACUAUGCUAAUGCCACUCAUUUUGCUAAUCUUUAACCCCAUUUUUCUCAGCCAUUUUCAAGCCUUUUAGCCUUGUAGGUCGUCUCCCAGUUGCCAGAAUUUAUCUUCGAAAAUGAACCCAUCUGCGGAUGCUGUAUGUACAGUUAUGAUAUAAGAUCUUAGCAUGUGCACUCUAUCUAGCCUUUCUUCAUUUGUACCCCCAUGCAAUCAAUUCCCAGGAAAUUCAACAAUUCCUGACUUUCAUGGCUGUAUUUUCAGGGCUCUUGUGCCUGCUUGUUUGAAAAGAAAGGGUACUUUUAUUCAAAA